GGACCUGCAGGCUCUCUCAUAACGUAUGCAGUGCAGGGCUUUAUGCGCCAGGUGCUGGUAGUUAUAUCAAUUUAGAUUAUCUCUCAACGAAAUACCUAAUGCCUCUGAUUCAACGAGUAAACACUGCCAGUAAUGUGCAAGCACAGAUCUUCGUUAGUGCAGCAGAAACGGUUAGUUAGACGGGAAAUCUAUAAUAAGCUGGUGUACAGAGAUAUAAUCUUCAGCGUGUCACUGAAUUGGAAAUUCGCUACUCGAUACAAUCCUGUACAGAAUUCUGUCCAGCUAAACACAGAUUUAUCUAUUCCGCAGCUAUUUUCGAUCCGCGAGUCCGUGAAACCAUCGCUCCUCAUGGCGAUUCCAUAUCGCCGACGUAUUCGCAAACAAGCGGGCAGCACCGUUAGCCGGUCAGCUGGACAAGAACGGUGCGAACUAUUUGAAGCUAUCAUGAAAUCGGAUGUGCCUGUUUUCGAAGAGUUUGAACGAAGCGAUCGUUCGUGCGAAGCUGAGUAAACGACGAGAAGAACCGGCGGCAUGGUGGAGGAGGACAAGACGAUGAUGAAAAGGGGUAAGAGGAGGAGGAGAAGAAGGAGGAAGAGGAGAAAUGCGGUGGAGGCUGUCGAUCGGUGUAGGCAGCUAGGCUAGAGUAUCG